CGAUCGGUUCGUGCAUCAGACGUUUACUCUAUGUCAUCUAGAGCUGCUCAAUUUCCUCAGACUCUGCAGCUACUUCAUCUUCCUGCUCUUCCCGGAAGUCCUAUCCCUACUGACCUUUAGACGGCGUCCGCGCCACUCCCGUUUAUACAAGCACGACCGCGCAACUGUAAACCUUCGACAAAACCGAUCAUGAAGCAUCCUAGAGUCGUUCAGGCCGACACCGAACUCAUCGCGAUCACGAAAAAGUUGGACGCCCUGCGUUUGCAGCGAGCGGGCCUUCAACUUUGCGACGUUGACGAGACUUUGCGCCUCAAAAGAUCUAUCGACGAGGAGGUUCAGGAACUGGAGGAGCGACGGCACGACUUAGAGCUCGAAACAAUUCCCAUCUACUGGCUACCAAACGAGGUGCUGGCUUGCAUCUUCACGGACGCUGCCGAACACGACCUUGCCAGCAUCUCCGACAAAGUGGCGAAUUGGCGGCGGGCGUUGCCGAUUACUCUGAGCCACGUCUGCUCGCGAUGGAGGAGCGUUGCUCUUGUCACGCGUGAGCUCUGGUCCUUCAUUCUCAUUCGUGACGUGAGAUCGCCACUCGAUGACUCCGUGUCGGCGUUCUUGAAGCGCAGCGGAGAUACAUGUUCCCUCGAUGUGCUUGUGACAAUACCGUCAACAAAUUUGGACCAGAGCAUGAAGGCGGUGGCCGUACUCACGUUCACGGAUUUCCUGAAAAGACUUCCAUGCCGCAGACUGAGAGCGCUUCUGAUACGGUGUGGAGUAAUGGAGUUGGGGAAUUCCGCAGUUUAUGCGAUCAACAACUUUCCCAUUGUACGACAAAGUAUCAAACAUCUCGAUCUUGCAUUGCUCUCCGAUACCCAACCCCCCGAUCACCUUUUUGCUGCCAGGAACAGGAUAUUAGAAGAUAUCCCAGACUCCUGCCUGCUCAGAAGCAUGCGCCUCCGCAGAAUACCAAUGCAAUCAUUGCACUCAUGGGUCUACAUCGGGCUGCAGCGCCUGGAACUCACCUCUUAUCCACCAUCCUUGCACCUGCGACCACCGUUUACUCUGACAGUCUCCAGUCUUCGUUCGGCUUUGAGGUACACUUCUCAACUGGAAGAAUUGGUCUUAUGUGACGCCGUACCUGUCUUCGACUUACCGCUAGACGCGGGCAAUUACAAGCCUUUAGCGUUGAACCAUCUACGCCGCCUUGAGUGGUCAUAUCCCGGGAACAACCAUGUCCAAGGCUUUCUCUAUCUCUUCAACUUCCCCGCGCUCGAGGAUCUGGAUAUCUCGGUCAUACACGAUGUGUCAUCUGGGAGCGAAUGGCAGGGAUACCGCUGUCUGCCUCUGCCCAAGCUAGAGAGGCUUGCACUCACAUGCCUAGAAGAUGCCGUGUGUUUGUUACGCCAAUGCGAGAUCGCGCAGUUGAAAAGGUUGGAGAUCAUCGGCGGCACAGCGUGUUUGGACAACUUCCUCCGCGACCCUCGUCUGGAGCACCUCACGCAUCUGCUACUCUCCGAGGUCACGAUCGAGCCAGGCAUAGCAGAUCAAUUGCUCGGAUACCUACCCCAACUCGUCUCCCUCACUCUCGAACACGUUCACAACGUCGACCCAAUAUUUACGGCGCUGCAGAAGACGAUUGAGUUGGUGCCUUUCGCUGCCGAGGGGCCCGCGGCUACACCGGUGACCAGCGUGCGGUUCUGUCCGCGGCUCAAGGAGAUCGCGCUUUGGAAGUGCAUGGACGCGACAGGCCGUGUGCUGCUCCAGUUCGCGCGCUUUCGAAACGGUGUAGUCAAAGAAACAGCGUCGGAAACGUCUACCACAUUGGCAGCUGGACAUCUUGUACAAUCCUCUCAACCGGCGACAUCCAACGCACGACGGCCUGUCAGGCGUCUCCCUCGGAAGCGGCAGGAUACGUCGGAUGUGCAAAAGCCUUGCAAGAUCGACAGUGUCGUGGUCGAGGACUGUCCUGAGAUAGGCAAGGGUGUCCCCAAUAUCUUGCGAGGGCUUGGCAUCGUCGUCACUUGUCCAGCGCCAUACGAUGGCUAA